GCAGUUGUAAACAAAAGAGGCGAAAAGAGCUUCGAAUCCCUUGUUCGAAUCCGUCGGAAGGCGAACCUUUAAUGCGCUGUGAUCUGUGGAAUUCCACAAUUUCUGCUAGUUCUGCGUCUUGAUUCGGACUGUCCGUGUGUGUCUGAAACUCGGAGUCACCUGCAAGUCCACUGUCACAGUCAUGGAUAACCCCACCUGGGACGAACAAGAGCCAGAGGAGGAGGAAAAGCGUUCCCGGGAGCCGGUGGACCUGCCAAGAGCACGGCUGAUCACAAUCGAGCCUGCCCUUUUUUUGCUCACCUUUGCCGUCACUAUGACGGGCCCAGUUCUGCAGAAUUUUAUCGUAAUGAAGACAUGCGAGGUCACCUUGCACUACAACUUCUCUGUCUGCGACAAUCUGAGCAACCUGAAGCCGAUCGAGGACCAAAUCCAACCAUACUCCGUUCAGCUCAUCAUGUACAAAUCGCUGAUUGAGGCAAUUAUUCCUGCAGCACUCUCAUUUUUCUUGGGCCCAUGGAGUGACCACAAUGGUCGAAAGCCUCUUCUGAUGAUUCCGACCAUAGGCUACAUGCUCCUCAACGCAAUCUACAUGGUCCUCAGCAUGAACUUUGCCUGGGAGAGCAGCCCUAACUUCCUCUUGAUUGCCAGCAUUCCUGUUGCGAUGACAGGUGGUUUUGUUGCUUUUGUAACUGGCGCGUUCUGCUACCUCUCGGACAUCAGCACUCCAGCCGAGCGUUCGUGGCGCAUGGGUGUAGCCGAAGCCGCCCUGCUGCUCGGGUUGCCGACUGGUCUGGCCAGCAGUUCGUACCUCCUCAAGUUUGGUGGCUACGUGAUGGUUUUUGCCACUUGCAGCUGCGCCUGCUUACUUGCCUUACUCUACGUCAUCUACUUUGUGCCCGAAUCUAUCCAGACCUCGGAAUCCACAAGGCAGAGCGUAUUUGAUGUGCGCCUCAUUAAGGAAAUGGUGGCGACCUGCUGGAAACCACGUUCUGGGUACCGACGCCUCACCAUGUUUCUGGUCAUGGGCACCAUGGCCAGUAUCAUUUUUUCACUAGACGGAGACAUAUCCGUCUCUUAUUUGUACACGAGGGAAAGAUUCGGCUGGGAAAUUCAAGAUUUCACUUUAUACAGCAGUGCUAGCGUCUUAGCUUCGACAGUUGGCUCUCUUAUUGGUCUGCACUUGUUCAGUCGGACGCUAAAAUUGGAAGACGCGCCUUUGGCCGCAUUUGCUUGCCUUUUGAAGGCAGUCAGUCUGAUGGUUUUGGCUCUUGCUUCAAUGUCUUGGAUGAUGUAUGCGGGAAGCGCCAUCGGUAUCUUGGGUGGAUUGAGUUCCCCUUUGUGCAGAGCGAUUUUGUCCAAAAGUGUUCACGCCGAUGACGUUGGAAAAGUUUUCUCUCUGGCUUCAUCUCUUGAGGCUCUAACACCAAUUGCCGCAGCGCCUCUUUACACGAUCAUCUACAAAGCGACUUUCUUGACAGUGCCGGGCGCAUUUUAUAUGCUCUCGUCUGGAUUAUACGUGGCCAAUUUCGUAUUUCUAGUCGUUGUAGCAGUUGUCUUUUACAAGUACCCUGCCAGCUCAUACGCACAGAUCGGAGCUGGUCUCGAAGUCAAUUGAUAUUAUGCUCAAACUUGCAACUUAAAAUCUGUAAAGCAAUAUAUUAUUUUAGUGACGAUUCUUUUCUCAUGAGGUGUUUGUGCUCUGACUGGAAUUCUCAUCAACGAAACUAGUUUACUCUGUUGUCUAUUUUUGAUCUCGAAUCAAAACACAUCUAAUGUAAUGUGGCAUAGAAAAUUGUGAUUGUAAUUGUCUUAAAUUUGGUGUUUAUUCAGCUUAAUCACAUUAUAGU